AUGGUACGUGUUCAGGGAUUCCUCAGCGUUCCCCCAGGGCAGCCAAGGUGUUUGUUUCCCCACUCUCCUGAGAUUGCCGUGGAUCCGUCCGCGCGGACCGAGGGAGAGUAUCCCUUGGAGAGGGUGUGGGACAAGAGGCGCAAGGGGUGCCUCCUCAUCCAUUCGGUCUCCAACCAGGAGUUCGUCAGCAGGAACAAAAGGCGAUAUCAGGAGGAUGGAUUCGACUUGGACUUGACCUAUAUUUAUCCAAACAUAAUUGCCAUGGGAUUUCCAGCAGAAAGACUUGAAGGUGUAUACAGAAACAAUAUAGAUGAUGUUGUAAGGUUUUUGGAUUCCAAGCAUAAAAACCAUUACAAGAUCUACAAUCUAUGUGCUGAAAGACAUUAUGACACCAACAAAUUUAGCUGUAGAGUUGCACAGUAUCCUUUUGAAGACCACAAUCCUCCACAGUUAGAGCUAAUCAAACCAUUUUGUGAAGAUCUUGACCAAUGGCUAAGUGAAAAUGACAAUGUAGCAGCAAUCCACUGUAAAGCAGGCAAAGGUCGUACAGGAGUCAUGAUCUGUGCUUAUUUGCUACAUCGAGGCAAGUUUAUAAAGGCACAAGAGGCAUUAGAUUUUUAUGGAGAGGUUCGGACCAGGGACAAAAAGGGUGUGACAAUUCCCAGCCAAAGGCGCUACGUAUAUUACUACAGCUACUUGUUAAAAAAUCAUUUGGAUUACAGACCAGUGGCACUUCUCUUUCACAAGAUGAUGUUUGAAACAAUUCCAAUGUUCAGCGGUGGAACAUGCAAUCCCCAGUUUGUUAUCUAUCAGCUGAAGGUUAAGAUAUUUACAUCCUCUACAGGACCCACAAGACGUGAGGAGAAGUACAUGUAUUUUGACUUCCCGCAGGCUCUUCCUGUUUGUGGAGAUAUAAAGGUUGAGUUUUUCCACAAACAGAACAAGAUGAUGAAAAAGGAAAAAAUGUUUCAUUUUUGGAUAAAUACGUUCUUCAUACCUGGUCCCGAAGAGUAUUUAGACAAAGUAGAGAAUGGAACAUUACUUGGAGAGCAGGAACUUGAUGGUAUCAAAAGCACGGAACGUUCAGAUAAUGACAAGGAAUAUCUCGCUCUCGCAUUAACAAAGAACGACCUAGAUAAAGCUAACAAGGACAAGGCCAACAGAUACUUCUCACCAAACUUCAAAGUAAAGCUAUUUUUCACUAAAACCGUAGAAGAAUCUUCAAAUUCAGAAGCAAGCAGCUCAACUUCAGUAACACCGGAUGUUAGUGACAAUGAACCUGAUCAUUAUCGAUACUCUGACACCACUGACUCUGACCCAGAGAAUGAACCUUUUGAUGAAGAUCAGAUUACACAGAUUACAAAAGUCUGAAAUUGUUUUUUUGUUUUUGUUUUUUUUUUAAUCGAGGGAAUUAAAACCACAGAAAGACAAACUUGAAUAAACUGAUAAAGGACCUUUUUAAAUGGCAAAUUGCCUUGUCAGACUACCAGUUAUAGGAGCAAUGUUAUUAUUUUUUUUUUCCUUGACCAAUAUUUUUUGCCCAGCAGGGUUUUGGCACUGUUGUCCAAUGGAAUGAGGAAAAGGGAGAGAAAAAAAAAGAGGAAAAAGCAAAGUACAAAAAAAAGAAGAAAAGCUUACGUAACAAUGUUAUGUAAAUAUCCUUUUCGUGUCAAAAGGACAUUUAAAUCUUAAUUAGGAUAAAUAAAGAUGGCACUUUCCCAUUUUA